UUUUAUCGUUUUAACUACUCGCAUUUUAAAUCAGCAGCAAAUAAGUACAUAUUUUGAAAACUUUUAACUACUUAGUUAAUAAUUAAAAUGGAAAAAAAAAUUAUUAUUGUUUUAAAUUUAUUACUUUUUAUUAAUUCAUUGUCAUUGGCAAUUCCUUUGGAUGAUAAUUCCGACCAUGCACCUGAACAACCUGAGGGACGUAAUGCUAAACAGUUACGUGAUUUUUGUGCAACCGAUGACCACUGCAGUUUGAUUAAAAAUUCUGUAUGUACUGAGGAAGGAUGUAUAUGUCCUGAAGAUUUUGAUGAAGUAAAUAAUACUUGUGUGAAACGUAAUGGUCCAUUCUGUUUUGAUAACAGCGACUGUAAACAUGUUGAAGGUGUUGAAAUCGCCUGUUUACUUGGAGCUUGUCAAUCAACACUUGAAUUCUUUUCAUCUAAAAAUGAAGCCAAUAUAGCUUCAUAUUCUGCUAAAAAUCUUAAUGAUCCCUGUGGAAAAAAUGAACACUGUAAAGUCGAAAAUUCCUUCUGUAGUGAAGCAGGAUGUAUCUGUUCUGAAAAUUUCACUACUGUCGGCAAUAGCUGUGUUGCAGUUUAAAAAAUUUAUUCAGCAUUGUCGUAACUUGAGGAAUCCAUAAUGUUUCUAUUUUGGAUUGCUAAUACAUGUCAUAAUAAUUUUGAAUGUACACUAGACAAUACUGAAUGCCGUAAUGGCACUUGUCGAUUGAAAUCAUAAUUCAAUAAAA